AUUUACUCUUCUCUUGACGACAACCCGCUGGCUUGCUCUACCGUAUACAGUCAGAGCGUGGUAGCGUUGGAAGACCACCUGCGCCAUUCAGAGCCAUUAACAGCAGCAGCAUCCAGUGCCACUGUGCCCAGCAUUUCAGUUGACUACUCUUCAACUACAAAUGAUGCCCUGAAUGGUAAAUUCGUUUCUGCUUCAUCUUCAUCUUCGAUUAUCCCAGUCAUUGCUAAUCCAAUGGCAGAGACGUCUUCAUUGCCAUGCCCGAUCUCCCAGACUGCCCUCAACCAACACGCUUCCUCAGCUGUUUCAGCUCCAGCUUCAGGCCUGAUUGACCUCAGUUCUGAGCAAGACAAUUACGGUCAUUUGGCCUCUAAUCCGAAGAUUGUCACUUCUCGUAGCAAUGUUCUAACGGCAGGCGAUGAUUAUGACUGCCCUCCCGCUACAACUCUGACCCUUGUCACUGGAGAUGAAGUCUCGCUUAAUCCGUCUUCCCUACUGGCAGCCGGUAAUACUGAAGAGGCAUCUAUUAGUGCUUCGACAUUUGCAGCGAACUCUACUUCGUACACGUUAGAUAUGUCUCCAUUCUUUGUUGACAUGCCGCGACGACGAGUAACAGAAAAAACUAAGAUGAGAUUAGAUAGGCUGAGUGAGUAA